AAAUGUAGUUGUUCCUUCCCCGAGUUGUUCGCCUAUACAAACCCUAUAAUGUAGGGUUUGUGGCCAUGGCCUUUACGACGUGUUUUUUUUAUUAAUUAUUUUACAUAAGCGUAAUACACACAUUGACUGAUCAUUAACCUCUGUUGUGUGUUAUAACAGUAUUAUUGCUCGUUAAACCAGGUUGAACUUUUAAUCAGUUGAUGCAUUCGCAUUAGGUGAUUCAUCAAUCGGCAGACACUGCACACUUGUUCUGUAUGAAUGGACAUGCUUUGCCCUAUCUAAUGCAAGCGUAACAACGGAAUUCAUCCUAAAUGUUUUAAUGAAAAAGCAGGCUACAGUUCCUAGUAAAGACCAGGUCGUACAACACCAUAUUGCACGGAUAAGACAUAGGCCACCAUGGCGAUCGAAGUUAUUCAAAGAGCGAUUUUACAUUUUGACUGGAACUCCGGUUUUUUAGGAAUACUUGUAUGUUUUCUUGUCUGGGUGUUAUUUUGGAGACGUAGGAAAUCUCAACUUAACUUUCCUCCGGGUCCGCUUGGAUUGCCGUAUAUUGGAAAUCUUUUGGCUUUAGCAGGUGAGGCCCCUCACGAGACUCUGAUGAAGAUGUCUAACAAAUAUGGCAGUGUGUUUGGAUUAAAGCUAGGCGUCUUUCCAGUUGUGGUUUUAAGUGAUUACGAGAGCAUCAAAGAGGCUUUUGUAAAAUCUGGAGAUAAAUUUAGUGACAGACCAAGAAUGGUAAUGUUUGAUGGUAUCAGUAAAGGACGAGGUGUGAUUGGAGCGUAUCAUGAAAAGGGACAAAAAGAGCAGCGUCGUUUUGCUCAGUCCGCGCUUCGGAGCUUUGGUAUGGGGAAAAGGAGCUUCGAGGAAAAGAUCACCGAGGAAAUAGAAGUCUUCGUUGAGCACAUCAAGAACAACUUUUCAAGAGUUGCCUUCGAUCCCUGGCACAUCAUCAGUACAUCUGUUUCUAAUGUCACUUGUUCAAUCAUCUUUGGUCGUAGGUUCGACUACCGUGACAAAACAUUCUUAGAAAUGCUGAGCAUAGUGCACCGAAGUUUUGAACUCUCAACCAAUGCCAGUGCCAUGAAUUUCCUGCCCAUUUUGAAAUAUUUACCACAUACUGCUUUUGCAGAGCUCUGGAAAAUAUACCUGACUUUUAAAGAUUUCCAAAUAGGUAUUUUCAAUGAACAUUUGAAGGAAUACGAUCCAGAGAACCCACGAGAUUUUAUCGAUAUAUACAGGACACAGAUCUCUAAGGAUAAAAGUGGAGUGACAUCUUUCGACGAGGCUAACAUGGCAUUCGUUACAGCAGAUUUGUUCGUCGCUGGGACAGAGACCACAGCCACUACACUACUCUGGGCACUGCUGUACAUGACACUUUAUCCAGACAUUCAACAGAAGGUACAGGAUGAACUGGAUAAAGUAGUAGGAGCUGGGAGUCACCCAACGAAAGAACAUAUUCAACGGCUUCCGUACACUGAAGCUGUGCUUCUGGAGAUUCAGAGAAUGGGUGCAAUCGUUCCUCUCGGAGUACCCCAUGCUGCAUCACUCGACACAAAAUUUCAUGGAUAUGAUGUCAAGAAAGGUACGAUUAUUAUAGCAAAUAUUUUUGCAGUAUUACGAGAUCCUGAUCUUUGGGAAGAUCCGAACGUAUUCGAUCCGAAUCGAUUCCUAGAUGCUAACAAUCAAGUCGUUAGGCGUGAGGAACUGAUUCCGUUUUCGAUUGGUCGACGUGCGUGUCUGGGAGAACAGUUGGCUAAAAUGGAACUGUAUUUAUUCUUUACAAAUCUCAUGAUGUGUUUUAAGUUCAGACGACCAGACAACGCACCAGAGCCAAACUUGCGCGGCAAGAUGGGAGUAACACGAAUACCUCACAGUUUUGAAAUAAAAGCAACAUCGAGGGUUGCAGAGUUACCUGGACCCAGGUAGCAGGCAAACAUGGCCCCAUAUGGGAAAUGUAUGGGCCAAAAUGUGGCCCCUACAGUUUGGCCUAUAUAGGAUCAAGCUGCCUGUGCACCCUAAAUCCACGAGGGUCUCAUAAAGGGCCCUCUAAAGGAUAUAUUUAGGUCCCUUACGGUUCGAAUUAUGGUUUAAUUUGAUACCCAUAUGGGUUUGUCCAAGUUAAUUUAUGGGCCCAUUGUGGGCUCUAUUUGGGUUUUUAAGGGGUUGAAUCGGGGUUGAAAUCUAAGGGGACCCUUUAAAUUGGCCUAUAUGGGAAAGAGCUGCCUGUGCACCCUAAAAGCAAUAUGGAUCCCAUAAAGUUGACUCAAAUUAAUUUAUGGGCCCUUUAAAAAUAUAUUUGGGACCAUCAGAUUUGCAUUAUGGUUUCAUUUGGGACCCAUAUAGGUUUAACCUGGGUUUUUUGAGGAUUGAAAUGUAAGGGGCCACUAUAAAUUGGCCCAUACGGGAAAGAGCUGCCUGUGCACCCAAAAUCCAUAAGGGUCCCAUAAAGUUCAUGAUGGGGCCGUUAAAGGAUAUAUUUUGGCCCCUUAAGUUUCCAUUAUGGUUUUGUUUGGGACCCGUGUGGGUUUUGUCCAAAAUAAUUUACAGGACCAUGCUGGGCUAAAUCUGGUUUUUCCAGGGCUGAAUAGGAAUUGAAAUGUAAGAGUGGGGGGGGGGCCACUAAAAUUUGUUGGGUAUUGUGAUUUUCACAACUGCUCAACUGGUGCAAGUUCCAACUGGUCUUUAGCUGGUCCCAGUUCCAACUUGAUUUCAGCUGCUGGUCCCAGUUCCAUUUGGUCUUCAAUUGGUCCCAGCUCCUUGUUGUAAAAUAACAAUGGCUUUAAUUGACUCCUGUAGACUUACAAAAUACACUGAGUUUAAGAUAUACAAACCAUAAUUUCUUUAAUUAAAAAACAUCAGCUGUAUUCAUGGGGUAGGGACUUGCAUACCCUUUCGCAUAUCAUUUGGCUAAGUCUUUAGUGUUACGCUUACAGUCCUGUUUAUAUCAGCAUUUCUAUCUAUAAUUAUAAGCCUAUUAUAUUAUAGCAUCACUAGAGGUUAUAAUACAGAACCAUAUUCAAGAAUCGUUUGCAUCCGGCGUGCAUAUAAACCAACAUUCUUUGUGUAUUGAAGCGGCAUUUCUCCAUAACCAUGCAUUUUCUUGUCCGAUGACAAGGUAAAUUAAGAAUCUUACUAAAAUUUCAGAUAGUAUGAAUUCUGCAAUUGAACAAAUCAAGUUCGAAAUAUUGAAUUAACUUUUUUCGGAAUUCCACAAUUGCUGAAAGAUAUUUAAAAAAAUCUUUAAAACAGAGCUAAGCAAAACAUGCAUUUCAUAGUCCUUGGCAUUUCGAAAAAAAGAGAUUCAAAACUCACACUAUACAGGUCAAGAUAAAAAAAAUCAAUGGCAGGGGAAAAUCUUCUGUCUAUUAAAAUAUGCAAAAUGAUUUUUUUUAAAUUGUCUUAAUUAAAGGUGAUUUUGCUGUUCGUGUCUUUAGGCAAAGAAUGAAUUAGUACUGUAAAUGUACAGUACAUAAAACAUUCCUACUUAAAUUUAAAAUCUGUUAUUUCCCUUCAAAAUCAAUGAUAUUAAAACCAUAAUUUACUGUAACAAAGAUAAUAUACUAGCAGUUUUUACGUUUUAUCAAUAGUGAAUUAUCAGUUCCAAUCCUUUUUUUUUUAGUUUUCAAAACAGCGUAAAAUUAAAUGUUGUGCAGACAGUACAUUAUGGUGUUACAGUGAUAUCCAUUAUAGGCCUAUAACAUAAAUAACAUAUAUUUUAUUAGUUACAACCUCCAUAAUGGUAGUAAGUACAGUAUACUGUGUCUACUUUGAGUAUGAUUCAUAAUCAGAACCUACAGUACAGAAGCCCUAAACUUAAAACCUAAACAAAACAUUUUAUUCACCUUUGAAAGUCAGGCAAUUUUCUGUUUCCGCAACUGCCACAAUGAGGCUUCAAACAUAUAUCACUUUACUGAGAGAACUGCUGGGACUAAGUGACCAACAUCUUCUGAAAAAAGGCAAAAUUUAUUAAUUUUAGUGAUUAGGCCCUAUGCCACAUACAAUAACUGUCGCUAAAAAUACUAAAGGUUUACCCCUCAACCCAUUGUUUCAUUAUUUAGCAUAAUUGUGGCACCCAAUCACAACGGGUAACAAUUGCGAAAUCAAUUACUUAUCGACUACUAUUGGUGAGCUUUUAGACAAGAUUUUAGUUUCUGAUUGGGUGUCGCAAUUGCUACAACCGAUCGCAAUGCGAAGCUAGCCUGAAUGUGGUAUAAUUUACCAAUAGGUAAACUAUGGGGCAAGGCUACAGUUUGGGCAGUCCAACAAAUUACUCCAAUAAUUAAUCAAUGACACAGAAUUAUCUAAAUGAUACCACAAUUAUUUUAUAUUACCAUUACAUAUAUUAUUUUUUAUUAUUAUUAUUAAUAAUUGAAUAAAAUAAUAAUAAAAUAUGAUAUAUAAUAAUAAUAAUAUAAAAUAAA